GUGUGAGAGAUGAACUGGAGCUGAGCGGCGGAGUGUGUGUUCAGUCAUCAUGCUGAUUAAAGAGUACCGCAUCCCGAUGCCCCUGAGUGUGGAGGAGUACCGCAUCGCCCAGCUCUACAUGAUCCAGAAGAAGAGUCGUGAGGAGAGCGAGGGCGAGGGCAGCGGUGUGGAGAUCCUGGAGAACCGGCCCUACACCGACGGCCCUGGCGGAUCCGGACAAUACACACGCAAGGUGUACCACAUCGGCCAGCACAUCCCCAGCUGGUUCCGCUCCAUCCUGCCCAAAGCAGCGCUGCGCGUGGAGGAGGAGUCCUGGAACGCAUACCCAUACACACGCACACGACACACGUGUCCAUUCGUGGAGAAGUUCUCCAUCGACAUCGAGACCUACUAUAAACCAGACACGGGCUCUCAGAACGACGUCUUCAACCUGUCUUCUGCUGAGAAGAGGCAGCGGGAUAUCGAUCCCAUCGAUAUCGUGAAAGAUUUCAUCGCCCCUCAUGAGUAUCUGGUGGAGGAGGACCCCAAACUCUACAAGUCCAACAAGACGCAGCGCGGCCCGCUGUCUGACGACUGGAUCACCGAAAUCAACAACAACCCCGGGAAGACCCCCGUCAUGUGUGCGUACAAGCUGUGCAAAGUGGAGUUUCGCUACUGGGGGAUGCAGUCCAAGAUUGAGCGCUUCAUUCAUGACGUGGGGCUGAGGAAGGUGAUGGUGCGAGCACACCGGCAGGCGUGGUGUUGGCAGGACGAGUGGUACGGUCUGACUAUGGAGGACAUCCGUCAGCUGGAGCUGGAGACGCAGUUGGCGCUGGCGCAGAAGAUGGCGCAGUACAGCGAGGAGGCGGAGGGCGGCGGCGCCCCCUGCGGGCAGCAGAAGGAGAGCGAGGAGCCCGCGGAGAGCAGGGGCAGCAGGGUGGAGGCGGACGGGGAGGCACGGAGUGGGGGUGACACACUGCAGGCCCGUGGGGAGCUCACCAAACAGUGGUCCACCUCAUCCAGAUCCUCACGCUCAUCCAAAAGAGGAGGAAGUCCCUCUCGUCACAGUAUCUCUGAGUGGCGGAUGCAGAGCAUCGCUCGAGACUCUGAGGACAGCACAGACGACGAGUUCUUCGACGCUCACGAGGACUUCUCUGAUAACGAGGAGAUCUUCGCUAAAGAGAUCACCAAGUGGAGCUCCAACGACCUGAUGGACAAGAUCGAGACGGCGGAAGCGGAGGAGGCUCAGGAGGAUUUAUUUCAGGAGUCUGGAGGAGAGUUUUCUGGGACGACCGGUGUGGAGCGACUACAUGAGGACAGUGAGCUGUUGUCUCCAGGCAUCAUCAUCAACUGUAGCGGCUCUGGCGGCAGCAGUAACAGCGCUCUGUCUCUAGAGGGCAGCCGUCACCUGAGCCGCAGCAACAUCGACAUCCCGCGCUGCAGCGCUGCAGACGAACACAAGAAGCAGCUGCCGCGCAAACGCAGCGACUCGUCAACGUACGAGAUCGACACCAUCAAACAACACCAGGCCUUCCUCAGCAGUCUUCACUCCAGUGUUCUGCGCACUGACCCGGCCUCUCGGCGCUCCAGCAGCAGCACUAUGUUGGAAGGCGGCGGCGCUCUGGGAAAGUUUGACUUCGAGGUUUCCGACUUCUUCCUGUUCUGUGUCACCUGCGUCCAGCGUGUCAGCAGGUGUAUAAUCUCUUCCACCCGGCCGACCCGUCUGCCUCCCGCCUGGAGCCGCUGCUGGAGAAGCGCUUCCACCUCAUGCCUCCGUUCAGCGUUCCCCGAUACCAGCGCUUCCCUCUGGGGGACGGCCAGUCUGCACUGCUGGUGGAAACCGUCCAGAGUAACCCUCACCUCCUGUUGGAGAGUGUGAGCUGUGCUGCGCAGCGCUGUCCUGAUGGCGUCAGCGAGACCUCCAUCCCCGUCCCUGUGCUCAACUGGCAGAACAGCGCGCCCGCCACCGCCGCCGAGACGGACGUCAUGCAGUCUCACGGCCUCAUGUUUUCCGAGCACUCGAACCCGUCGUCUCCGGCGGCCAUUCCAGCGUUUCGAGGAGCGCGGCGGGCGAGCGAGACCAGCAUCGCCAGCCAGGUGUCAGGACUCGCAGACAGCUACACCGCUAGCAACAUCGCUAACAGUGAUGAGACAUGAGAACUCCAGCAUCCUGGAGCUGGAUGGGAAGGAGGUGUCAGAGUUCACUCCGUCCAAACCGCGAGAGAAGUGGAUAAGGAAGAGGACGCAUGUGAAGAUCAGGAAUGUGACGGCGAACCAUCGUGUCAAUGAUGCUGUGUUCACAGAGGACGGAAAUCAGGUGGUCACGGGACGCUUCAUGUACGGCCCGCUGGACAUGGUCACGCUGACCGGAGAGAAGGUGGACGUGCACAUCAUGACGCAGCCGCCGUCAGGUGAGUGGGUGUACUUCAGCACAGAGCUGACCAACAGCAGCGGCCGGGUCUUUUACGAGAUCCCCGACAGCAAACGCCUGAGCAUAGGAGUGUAUCCUGUGCACUGGCAGGAUCUGGGUUAUCUGAUCGUGUAUGUGACGGGCCGGCCGGACAUGCAGAAGCAGAGGGUGGUGGCGUGGCUCUCGCAGCAUAAUUUCCCGCAUGGGAUCGUGUCGUUCUGCGAUGGACUGGUGCACGACCCGCUGCGGCACAAGGCCAACUUCCUGAAGACCCUCGUCACAGAGGCUCAUAUGAAGAUCUUCGCUGCUUACGGCUCCACCAAGGACAUCUCUGUGUACACGUCACUCGGCCUGCCGCCGGCACAGAUCUACAUCGUGGGCCGACCCACCAAGAAGAUGCAGCACCAAUGCCAGUUCAUCACGGACGGGUACGCGUCUCACCUGUCCCAGCUGGAGUAUAAUCAGAGAUCCAGACCUGCCAAGACCGGCAGCACCCGCAUGGUUCUGCGCAAGGGCAGCUUCGGGCUGGGCAGCGGAGACUUCCUGCGGAAGAGGAACCACCUGCUGCGCACCAUCUCCAGCCAGCCCUCGCCCACCACACCACUGCCGGCGGCCCGACCCGAGCGCGCCCAGAGCCAGUCGGAGUGUGACCGCGAGCGGGCCGAGCGAGCCCAGAGGAGCAUGAGCAUCGCCGCCGGCUGCUGGGGGCGGAGCACCAAACUGGAGGGUGGAGCCUUGAGCCCCAAAUAGGAUCCACCCACCGCCCUUCCCUGAGUUCCGCAGGAUCCGGACAGUGUGACCGCAGACUCUCACCACUGCUGCAUGGAGAUCUUCAUUUCAGUCCGGCACACACACCUGCUGCAGGAGCCCCGAGCGGGCCAGGGGCUGCUGACCAAUCACUGAGUGUGUGUGUGCGGACUCUCCUCACCUGUGUGUGUAUUUACAUGUGUGUGUGACUCCUCUGACCUGCUCAGGACAGCCAUGAACAGAGGAGCGCACACACACACACACACACACACACACACACACACACACAGCCGUCCAGAUCAGCUCCAG